AUGAAAAGAAAAAGCAAGUACAGUCAUUUUGGGCAAAGGCAUAAGAAAGUAGAGCGAGAGCAAGGAUUAGAGAAAGAAAUGGAUCGCAUGGGCAAACAGGAAAAAAAGGAAGCCAGCAGAAAAUGUGAAACGCAGCAACAGUGUCAUCUUGGAUUCGAGAUCAGUUCAUCUGUUGACAAAAAGAAAUCCAUUCUCAGUGCCAUUGUUGUUUCAACUGAACUAAAACUAUUCGAUGAAACUUGGAUUGCUUAUGCCUCUGCAACUGCAAAAAGCAAGGAACCUGACGAUGAUGUAUCCAAAGAGUCCUCGGAUUCUGAACUGAUAACACUGGCUCGAAAUACUGAGAACGAGAUAAUUUGUAGUCCUGUAGAGGAGAGAAAAAAGAGGCUGAAGCAUCUUGUUUGGACAAAACUGGCACUUUCUGAUCCGUGGAAGAUUAAGAAGAGGUUAACUGGUAGUGAUCUUGGUAACCUUUGCAGACUUUUGGUGGCAUCAGUUUCAGUCAAGAAUCAUAUUUUGCCAUUUUUGAACAAUGAAACUGUUGAAGAGAUCAAAAGAGACGGUGCUCGAGUUCCUAUCUGGGAUUGCGAUACUAACACUGAGCAGCAUCUGGUUUUGAAGUACUGGCAAACAGCUAAGAGUUAUGCGUUCAUCAAUGGCUGGUUGAAUAAUUUUGUGAACAGAAGGAAUUUAGUUGAAGGAGACUUGAUUGGGAUUUACUGGGAUCAAUCAGAAGAUAUAUUCAAAUUUUCUGUUCUUGAGAAAGCUUCUGACGUCUAUUCAUGA